GAGGAGAGAGAUAGAGAGAAAUGGUUAGAGGGGGAAGGGGUGGUUUGUGGUGGUAAAUACCCGGCUGUAACAACACACAUAACCGAUCGGAAAGGCCAAAAUUCUGCGUGUGGAUUACAGUCAGAGCAGCAGACGAUCAUGCGGUGGAUGAAGCCUGAUGUCUAGUUUUAUUUCCAGCAUUUGAUUCGGCCAGACUUCAGCUCGUGUCAUCAUGCUGUAGAUCAGUGUGUGGCUACAUUAGUCUGGAUUAGGCUUGUUUAACACCUUUAAACUCUCGGAAUGAGCGCUUUCACGUCGGAUCAUCGGUAGAUUCGUGUUGUUCUCGUCUCAGGCUUUUGUGUGUGUUGUACAGGAGCUCGCGAGCUAACAACAAAAGCGCUAGCACAGCCGGCUAGUCCAUCAAAACACCGGUGCCUUUAGAUGUUUUAUUUGUAAACCAACCAGUGAUGGACCUCGGCAAGGAUUUAGCUGCUUUACUCAUGAGAUAAAUGUGCGCUGGGACUCAGAGGUUCAUUAAAUGAAUCGAUGAGUUUGAUAUUUGUAGGUUAGAUUAGCAUUAGUCUGUUAGCAUUAGCGACUCCUUUGUUGAGAAGACGAUCAAUCGCUUUGCUUUUUAUUGAGGAAUAUUUGGUUUUUAUUGUUUAUAUCGUGCUACCGUUUAUCUCAGACGUUCGUGUGACUGUAACAUCAGUGUUUUAGUAAGAUAGGGCUAGUAAACGAAAGGAAAUGUUGAACAGCUAGUGUCUGGUAAUAUUCGCCGAUAGAACAAACAGGGAUAUUGUGUUCAAAUAGCGAUACUUAAGCGACAGAGUAGCACGUUUUAACGCUUAAAGCUAUUAUGGACCACACCUCGAGCUUAAACAAGAUCUGCUUGCUGUGGACACAGCUACUCUUCAUGGGAAACACCGUUUCAUCGCAGCACAGCGAGAACGUUUAUGUAUCAGGCAUGUCAAACGCCUGUGGCGAUGUAGCGGAGCAGAUAAGGGCGUCCAGUGGAGUGAUAACCAGCCCUGGCUGGCCCUUUGAAUACCCUUCUCGCAUCAACUGCAGCUGGAACAUCAGGGCCAACCCUGGAGAGAUCAUCACCAUCAGUUUUCAGGACUUUGAAAUUCAGAGCUCACACCGAUGUGGUUUGGACUGGAUCUCCAUUGGAAACUACAAGAACCUGGAUGGGUACCGGGCCUGUGGCUUGUCUAUUCCGGCCCCAUACAUCUCCUCUCAGGAUCACGUGUGGAUCAAGUUCCACUCUGAUGACAGCAUGACUGGAAAAGGCUUCAGGCUCUCUUACAUAACAGGGAAAUCGGAAGAAGCCAGCUGCAAGCCUGAGCAGUUCCACUGCACUAAUGGAAAGUGUAUCCCAGAGUCAUGGAAGUGCAACACCAUGGAUGAAUGUGGCGAUAACUCAGACGAGGAGCUGUGUGUACAGCCUAAUCCCUCCGCAUUCUUCUCCUUCCAGCCUUGCGGCUUCAACCAGUUCCCUUGUCUCUCACGCUACACCCAUGUUUACACCUGUUUGCCGGAGUCGCUCAAAUGUGACGGCAGCAUUGACUGUCAGGACUUGGGGGAUGAAAUCGACUGUGACGUGCCCACCUGUGGUGAAUGGCUGCGCAAUUUCUACGGUACUUUCAGCUCGCCCAACUAUCCUGACUUCUAUCCGCCUGGCAGUAACUGCACCUGGCUGAUCGACACCGGUGACCACCGUAAGGUUAUCCUGCGUUUUAUGGACUUCAAGCUGGACGGCACAGGCUAUGGCGAUUAUGUUAAAGUCUACGAUGGACUAGAGGAGAACCCCAGGCGUCUGUUGCGUGUGUUGACUGCAUUCGACUCUCGAGCCCCUGUAGCGGUGGUGUCAUCUUCAGGACAGCUUCGGAUACACUUUUAUGCUGACAAAAUCAAUGCGGCUCGAGGCUUUAACGUUACGUAUCAAGUAGACGGUUUCUGCCUGCCGUGGGAAAUCCCGUGUGGAGGGAACUGGGGAUGCUACAAUGAACAACAGCGCUGUGACGGCUACUGGCACUGUCCCAAUGGCAGGGACGAGCUCAACUGCAGCAACUGCCAGGAAGACGAGUUCCCAUGCUCACGAAACGGUGCUUGCUACCCACACUCUGACCGGUGCAACUACCAGAACCGCUGCCCGAACGGCUCUGAUGAGAAGAACUGCUUUUUCUGCCAACCUGGAAACUUCCACUGCAAGAACAACCGUUGUGUUUUUGAAAGCUGGGUGUGUGACGCACAAGACGACUGCGGGGACGGAAGCGAUGAGGAGAGCUGCCCGGUAAUCGUACCCACACGAGUCAUCACAGCCGCUGUAAUUGGAAGUCUGAUCUGCGGCCUGCUGCUGGUGAUUGCUUUGGGCUGCACAUGCAAACUCUACUCACUCAGAAUGUUUGAGCGCAGGUCAUUUGAGACUCAGCUCUCUAGAGUGGAAGCCGAGUUACUGAGAAGAGAAGCUCCUCCAUCGUAUGGGCAGCUGAUUGCUCAAGGACUGAUUCCCCCAGUCGAAGAUUUUCCUGUCUGCUCUGGAAACCAGGCAUCUGUUUUAGAAAACCUAAGACUGGCAGUUCGCUCUCAGCUGGGAUUCACCUCAAUCCGACUCCCCACUACAGGGCGCCAUGGCAACAUCUGGAGACGCCUGUUCAAUUUCACACGUUCACGGCGCUCUGGUUCUCUCGCACUGGUGUCUGCGGACACAGAAGAGGGUCCUGAUGGCAGUGCCUCAGCUCGUGAGCCGGAGAGGCUUGGCUCUCACCGUGGACUCUUGCCCUUGGACUCUGACGAUACGGACACUGAGAGUGAGCAGCAUCCCCGCAGGGAUGUCCCGGGAGCUGUUGGAGGCCUGAUGGCCCCACUGCCGCAGAAAACUCCCCCUACAACAGCCGUGGAGGCCAUCGUCUCUGUGUCUGCCAGCUCCGCUCCACUCGUCAGCCGGGAGAGCAGCAUCUCUGAGAGCAUCUCAGAAAGUUCUGGAGUAACUGGAUCUUCAUGUACUACGACUGCUACCACUACUUCCUCAAGAAGCCUCUUCAGCAGCGCUCUAAGCCGGGUCACCCGCAGCCUGCGCUGGAUUCGUUUCUCUCUGGGGCGCUCUAGCGAUGGAGGGUCAAGUGGCAUUGGGCAGAAUCACAGCCCUCUGCGGCAACUGGAGCAAGGAAGUGUGGGUUGCACUGGGGUCGGUAUUAGAGGCGAGGAUGAGGACGACGUGGAGCUCCUCAUUCCCGUCUCGGACGCCGGCUCCCUGGACAGUGAUGAGAGCUCCAGGCCCCUGCUGGAACAAGGCCUGGAGCAGGCCUUCGGGCCCCACCUGACCCCCGCUGCGGUCUCUCUCAGAGGCCGGGUGGUGGGUAGGGAUGGCCCCUGUGAACACUGUGGAAUUGUCCAUACGGCACGGAUCCCGGACGCUUGUAUGGAGGCGACGGCGAAAACAGAAACUAGUGAUGAUGAGUCACUGCUGCUCUGUUAAGACUCAGAUGAACUCCCUGACUUGGUACAUGACCCAUAUGACUCUAAAAUGCCCCUGCUCAUAGCUUGCCAUUUCUGUUGUCGCCCCCUAGUGGAGCGGAGGUUUGAAUGUCUUCAGACAAAACGAAGAGCUUCAGAAAUCAGGUACUUUUAAAGAGCGGUCUGUAAAGAUCAUACAGAGUACGAGAGCUCCCCAAUCCCACUGUCCCUUCCACUGUGCAAUAUUAGUGUUCGUUGAGAUGUUUACCAGGUCAAAGUCUAUUUUUCUGAAGAGUCAAGUUAAGCUCACGUAGAGUCGAGAGUGAGCCGCUCUGCAGUUCUCCUUAUGGGAAAGCAGCACAAACAGACGCGUCUAUCCUGGACAGUGUGGGACAAAAAAGACUGAACACAUACAAGUGCUCUGAGAGAUUUGUUACCUAACCUUUAAU